AUGUCGGAAGACAGCCAGCAGCCGACGGACUCCCGUGCCUGCAGCCCUCCAGACUGGUACUCCCUGUUUGCCUCCCUGCCGAAAAAGGAGGACCUCCAGACGUUUCUGGCGGAGGUAAGGACCACACUCCGCUCGGAGAUAACUACACUCCGCACCUUCCUGUCAGAUUUGGAGGGGAGAGUCAGGGCCCUGGAAACAGCAGGCCCGCCAGCCCCAAACACUGCACAGCACACACGUGACACACAGCUGAGGCAAAUCACAGACCUGCGGCUCCACGUUGAAGAUCUGGAUAACAGGAGCCGGAGGCAUAACAUCAGGGUGAGACGACUGCAAGAAUCACAAGGCCCUGAGGAUCUAAGAGAAAAACGAAUCCCCAUCUCUAACCACAUCCUGAACAGGCCCCAAGACGCAUGGCUAUGUAUAGACAGAGCACACCGUGCCCUCCGCCCCAAACCAAUGCCAUCAGCACCCCCGAGAGACAUCAUAUGCCACAUCCCAGACUUCCAGCUGAAGGAACCCAUAAUGAGAGGGGCGAGGUCAGAGAGGACCUGGAGGAUUGGGGGGGGCACCGCGUGGAGCUCUACAACGAUCUCUCCCACAUCACCCUACAAACAAGGCGGGCUCUCCGGCCAAUCACCACUGCACUACAGGACCAACAAAUACGAUAUUGCUGGCAGUUCCCCUUCGCACUAGUAGCACGCAAAGGCAACAUGGAAGCUACCAUCAGAACACCAACUGUGCCAAUCUUUCUGGACGCAUUGGGGCUACCGCCCAUUCAAAUACGGGACUGGUCGGAUUGCCCCCUCAAUGACAGAUCCCUGGGCAGGCCUGUAACCCACACUUUCGCAACCGCCGACCAGAACGGAGGUACGGCCCCGCCACAUCAAGCUGCACCCAAGGAGUAAAGGAAGCCAGAAGCAGGAGAUGCCCCCAAAUCUCCCCCAUGCCCGGAGACACAGGGCCACGACGUACGGACUUCUAGAAUUGACAUGAAUCACUCUGCUCAUUCCCGCCUGGAACUACUGGCCUUACACCCCACUGAUGUUACCACAGCAAGCAAGGAAGAAUAGACUAGAACAACAUCCACCCUUGGGACUCAGUGACAGACACUAACAGUAAAAUGUCAGAGACAGAGACCCCCUUUUUUUUUUUUUUGCAGGCUACUGCAGGCAGAGGAGGCUUGCCACCCAUGGACACCUGCGGCGACAUCUGUAA